UUCAAAUUCAACGAGUAUUAACGAAGAGAUUGUACAAGUGGUCCUUACACAAUUUUGCAAUGUAAAUUUAACCAGACAAAUACUGUCUGAAUAUGUGGAUGACGUUUUAUUGGGUUUGAUUAAAACAAGAACAUCAUGGAUGAAAGCGACAUUGAUAAGAUGAACAUGGAUGCCGCAUUUGAAUGGCUAGAAAAAAUGGAAAUUUGCCACAAACUGAACUCACUAGAUGAGAUGAAAGACCUCAUCCGAAAAACACUAAAGGCGCAGCCAGACCAGUUCUCACAACAAUUUAAAGAUACGAUCAACACAGAUGUUUCCAAAGCACUGGCACAAGACAAGGAGAUGAAAAGAAAGUUAACAUCCAUAUACGACACAUUCAUAGAUGAACUCAAACAGUUACCAAGUGAUGUCGGGGCGUCCUUGGAAACAGAAUUCGGAGAUGUUCGUUCAAAACUUAUUAUCAAUCGGGACAGACUGCGUAAAAUGGAUUGCACAAUCGUUGUUGCGGGUGAAACGAGUGCGGGUAAAACGAGUUUCCUGAAUCUUUUGCUGGAAAAAGAUGUCCUGCCGUCAUGUCACUUGGCCGCAACAUCUAUUAUAUGUCGAAUUCAUCCAAUACCACCUGCAUCAAAACGCUAUUUUGAAGUGCACUUCGCUGGAAAAAAAUUCAAGAAGUACACUGUUUCGGACCGAGAUGACGACGAUAUGAUUGCCAUGUUAAAGAAUGAAGUGACCUGUCGCGAUGCCAAGUAUGAUGGAGCUAUAGUGGACCUCUAUUGGCAGAUACCUCUUCUUGGAGAAAACUAUCACGUUACUAUUGUGGACACGCCUGGUGUCGGUGAAAAUGAGCCCAUGUCCGAGAAAUUGUACAAGUUCCUCCCAAAUGCUACUGCCUUCGUUUAUAUUCUCAACAGUGCAAAUGCUGGCGGGGUUCAGGAAGACAAGUUGAUACAGAUAUUCCGGAAGAUAUACGAGAUAGAAGGAUUAGAAGAUCUGUUUAGAAUGGAUCCACGUUGCGUACUGUUUGUUUGCAAUAAAUGGGACAGUGUUGAUGAAAGGUGUCGCGAAACAUCUACUACGCAACAGCAAGUAUGGGACGACACACUGCCUAAGUUAGAAAAAUACAUACAACGGAGAAACUUCCCAUUGGAGAAAAACUUGUUCAAGAUGAGUACAUUGCAGGCUCGCCGAUAUUUAGAUAGCGACAUGGGUUAUAGUGAAACAUACCAGCAGGUUCUUGGCGGCCUAGGGCGAUUGGUAGUGGCGAGCCAAGUUGAACAUAGUAACCGACACUUUUGGUGGAUUUCAACAAUUGUGACGCACAUAUUGACGCAUUGUAAAUCAAGAAUAUAUCGUGCCGGAAGUGACUUUUCGACAAAACAGAUACUAAAAGAACAAACAGAGAGGAAGCUCAAUAAACUAAGAAGUGAUUCUCAAACGGUUAAGAACUCUCUUCUUAACGUUUGCACAGCUCAAUGUAAGAUAAUUUCCUCGGCAUUUAAUAGCCAUCUUAACACAGCGAAACCAAGUAUUAUAUCCACAGUCGAGCAAAAGACGAAGUCAAUAUCCAAGAACGAGUAUAACGAAGUAAAAAAAGAAGUAAAGCGUGAAAUACACUUAGCUCUGAGUGAGUCAUUCAACACCGAUAUUGACGAUGUAACACGUGCUAUUGGAAAAAUGGAAGAUCAUAUCAGAAGUGAGUUACAUGCUUUGGAAGAGGGCCUGCGUGAUGUCCAGCUAGACAUGCAGAACGGAAAUAGUGAAGUGAAUUUACUACCAGGUCCAACACCUACUGAUUAUGAAGUGGAGCCUUUGCCGCUUGCAGCCAAAGUGACGUUAGGGCUGACAGCACCUCUGUGGAUUCCAGUGGCAGCGGUUGCACUUUUGUUUAUAAUUCCAUCUUUCUUUGUUAAAAAGACGGUAACAGUGGUGAAAGACGAAUAUAAACUCAAAGCAUUUCGUAAAAAUCCUGGUAAAAGAAUUGCAGUUUGGCUAGACACAAUUUUGAAGGAAUUCGCAUUAGAGAAAAUGGUUCAAGAACGCUAUGCACAACCAAUGGAACAUCGUAUUAAUUCGAUAUUUGAAACAACUAUCCCAGCAAAGAUAAGAUCAUACGAAAUACUAAUUGAGGCAAUUGUAUCCGACGCAAGGUCACCAGAGAACAUUCAUCCAGAAUUCGAAUUAACCAUUAGCAAGAUGAAGUCUGUUACUUUGCAAAUUAACACUUUUAGAAGAAAAUAUAAUCUUAAUGAAUGAUUAAACCUACGUCAGUGGUCAAUGAAACAUAUUCAGUUGAAAUACACGAACUUUAUUUAUUCGAACACUAUUAUAACGCAGAUGAUUGAAUUAAUAUUUUCUGUUCACAUAUUGAUUUUUUAUUAUUAUUAAUAAUUGUCCACUACUUUUAUUUAUAAUACAUCAAUAAUUCUUACAUUGGUGAUGUCUUAUACAAGUACUUAUAACAUGUACUUCUGCCUCUAAUUGUCUGUCUUUUGAUUUUUUUUAUAAGGAUGCGUAUGUCAUAUGUUUCUUUGCAUUCGACCGGAAUAUAUCUGCAACUAUAUCCAUAACUAUUUUGUGUUUCCCUUUGCGAACACUGCCCUUAAUAUAUUAUAUGUUCAGUCGUGUCAGUAGAUUUAGCUAUACUGUUUAGUAAAUUGUGUUUAGUUGCUUUGAUUUCUUUGAUAUCAUUAUUAUUAUUGUGCAUGCUAUGUAAUUGUUUUUUUAUGACUUAAUUUUUUUACGAUUUCAAAAAUUGUAUUUGCUUAAUUCUAAUACUGAUUUAUUAUCUUAUUGAAAUAAUGAUGAGUUAUGUAUAAUUUGAAGUUAAAUAAAAAAAAAUUAGCAUAUGUUUUACAAAAGGUUGAUCCAAUAAAUAUCAAUGUUAGAUGUUUAAUUGUAUAAAUCUAAGAAAAAAACAAACAAUCUUGUAAAAUUUAUGUUAUUAUACACUGAAUGCCUCCAACACUGGCUUUAGACGAGAUAUUUAAAUUCCAAAAACGUGAUAUAGCCCAUCGAUGGCAAUUACAUCUGGUAAGAACUUUAAACGCAUGCAAUGAUAUUUUAUCGGCUUUAAUCAUAACCUGAUCGUAGAUUGCACUUAAUAUCUUAACAUUGAAAAAAAAAGUUGAGUAUAAUCGUAAAGAAUAAUUGAAAUUGUCAUAAUUAUUAAUUCAACCAGUCAUGUUUACAAUUAAUAUUACAGUAAACAUGCACGAGUUGGAUAAACCAUGCUAUAAUCAUUACUUUAACGUUAUGUUUUAUAUUAGCUGAUGUCUGAAUAGAAAAUGAUGUUAGUUAUUAUCGCCCGAAGGAAGUUGAAUAUUCUUUAAACGGUUUGUUUAAACUUAGACCAUACAGUUCCUUUAUCUCAAUUUGUUUGAUGCUCAAUGUUUGCACUAAAAUUAUUCAUACAUAUGAUUAUGUCUAGAAUAUGUGGCGAUAUAGAUGUCGAUUGAAUGUCGAAUUGUUCAUUUUAAAUGUUUAUAUAAAUCAAAUAUGUUAAUUUUCUACCCAAAACAUUUCAAAAUGUAUUGGUAUCUUUCAAACCAUGUCAAAAAUGUGCAUUCCCUAAACUCACAUUAAAUUUGAGUCAAAACCUUGUAUAAGCAAGAAAGUUGAGAAAUUAAAACAACAGGCCUAUGCAAUUUAUAACCCAAUUAGCGUGGUGUAAUAUAUACCUUAUUUUAAUGAUACAUUUGUUGAACAAAAUAAUUUUGGAUACAUGUUUAUAUGUAUUGAUUGUUGUGAUAUAUUGUGGUGUAUGUAUUUGUCGGUUGAUAAUUGACUAUAUCCUUAUGAUGUAAUAUAAUGAAACUUCCUAGCAGGUCUAUCAAAAAUAUUCGAUAUGCAAUAACUUUAAGAAAGUCAUAAAUUCAAAUGACAUUUCUAAUUAUACAUGUAUUCUAUUAUUUCAGUAUUAUGCUUAAACACUUUUAAAAUGUUUCUUUCAUUUAAUGUACAUGUCUUUUCGUCUAUAACACUGUUCUAAUUGUUUCAGCAGGUUUUAUGCAUAUUAAACGAUGAUUUAUU